AAAAAAUAGCCAGAAAAGUUAUCUCACCGUUUCUGCACCGACGGCGCCGUAAUGCAACAGUGACGGCAGGCGAUCGCGGGGGAAGUUACGUGAGGAUUAAUUUCGCAUUCGCAAGUGGCGCAGUUGGCGGGGAUGGGAGAUGCUGGAAGACAAAGGUCCCCGCGUUGCCGACUACUUUGUUGUAGCCGGCCUUACCGACGCUUCCACUCCACUGGAACAGGAGAUCCACUUUGACGAUGCCUGCCACAAGACGGCCAAACCCAAGGCGCCCAUAACUGAUGUUGCUGUGGUGAUACGCUCGCUGGGCGAGGAGGUGCCCCCAGGGUUCACCUGCGUGGAGACCACACCCACUGGCCUGUCAGCUGACUUAAACAACGGUGGCCUCAUGGCACCUCAGAUCUUCCUGUGUUACAGGCGGGGUCGUGACAAACCCCCCCUCACUGACCUGGGGGUGCUGUAUGAGUGGAAGGAGCGUCUGAAGCAGGGCUGCCACCUCAUCCAGACCACACCUUCUGGUCGCCCGGCCAACAUCAGUAGCACUUCGUCACAGCGAAUCUACGUCACGUAUCGCCGCGCCCCUGAGAGCCAGCCCCACGCUGCCCUGGCCGUCACUGACAUCUGCAUCAUCAUCCCGAGCAAGGGGGAGACGCCGCCUCACACCUUCUGCAAGGUGGAGAAAAAUCUCAACAGCAGCAUGUGGGGUUCUGCUGUCUACCUGUGUUACAAGAAAUCUGUGGCCAAGACCAACACAUUAGCCUACAAAGCAGGUUUGUUCAGCAGAUAUCCAGAAGAGGACUAUGAGUCAUUCCCCUUGCCAGAGUCUGUCCCUCUCUUCUGCCUGCCCAUGGGGGCCACUAUCGAGUGCUGGCCCACCCAGACUAAAUACUCUUUCCCAGUCUUCUCCACUUUUGUGCUGACCGGAGGCUCUGGAGAGAAGGUCUACGGUGCUGCCAUUCAGUUCUAUGAGCCCUACCCCCCGGAGUGCCUGACAGACAGGCAGUGCUCUCAGCUUUGCCUGCAGGACCCAGAGCCCAACAAACCCAAAUCCUCCAGCACUUUGGCCCUGCGCACAGUCCACACCAACAAGUGCAUCUGCCUCCUCUCCCACUGGCCCUUCUUUGACGCCUUCCGCAAGUUCCUCACAUUCCUGUAUCGGUACUCCAUCUCCGGUCCUCACGCACUGCCCAUUGAGAAGCACAUCUCUCACUUUAUGCACAAAGUUCCCUUCCCUUCCUCCCAGAGACCCCGGAUCCUGGUGCAGCUCUCCCCUCAUGACAGCCUGAUGCUGAGCCAGCCGGUGUCUUCUCCAUUACCACUCAGUGGUGGACGGUUCUCCACAUUGCUGCAGAGCCUCGGACCAGAGAACGCUGUCACACUGUUGGUUUUUGCUGUCACAGAACACAAGAUCCUGGUCCACUCUCUACGACCAGCAGUACUGACCAGUGUCACUGAGGCUCUGGUUUCUAUGAUAUUCCCUUUCCAUUGGCCGUGUCCUUACAUCCCCCUUUGCCCCCUGGCGCUGGCUGAUGUGUUGAGCGCUCCUUGCCCCUUCAUAGUGGGCGUGGACUCCCGCUACUUUGACCUGUAUGACCCUCCACCAGACGUCAGCUGCGUGGAUCUGGAUACCAACACCAUCUUCCACCAUGAAGAUAAGCGGGCACUCACAUGGAAGAUCCUGCCAAAGAAAGCCUGUAAAAACCUAAUGAAUGCGCUGAAUCAUCUCCACCAGCAACUGGCUGAUGUCUGCCGUCACAGGCCUGAUGGGCUGCUGGAGCCCAGCAUGAGUGAUUCAUCUGAGCUCAACUGCGGUAAGAGCCUCCACAUGCUGGAACUGGAGAUCCAGGAAGCUUUCCUGCGCUUCAUGGCGGCUAUUUUGAAGGGUUACCGCUCCUACCUGCGACCCAUCACCCAGGCACCCUCAGAGAAAGCCACUGAUGCUAGCUCGCUCUUCGACCUCCAAGGGUUCCUGAAGAGCCGCGACCGCUCGCACCAGAAGUUCUACACGCUGAUGACCAAGACCCAGAUGUUUAUCCGCUUUAUUGAGGAGUGCUCCUUUGUUAGCGACAAAGACACAAGCCUGGCAUUCUUUGAUGACUGCGUGGACAAACUCUACAGCUCAGAGCGCACUGCAGACAAAGGGGGCAAGGUGGACAGUGAUAGGGCAGAGGAGACCAGACUGAUAGAGAUCGACGAAUCACAGCGCAGCGAGCACACAGUGUUUAUUACUCCUCCAGAACUGCCCCCCCUGCCUGAGGGGGAGGAGCAUCUGCUCUGUUACAGGUACGAUGGAUUCCCAGUUUUGAGCAUGGAUCUCUUUGACCCAGUAGAAGGUCCACGGACUUCUUCCCGUCCCACCGCUCGGCACAGCUGUCCCACCAGCCCUGCACCCGUGUUUAGACGAAGCAAGCAGGAGAUCAGGUUGGCCCAAAAAAUAGCCAAGAAGUACUCGUCAGUUCCCCAGCUGUGGUCCAAGUGCCUGCUCCGACACUGCUACGGUCUGUGGUUCAUCUGCCUGCCGGCCUAUGUUAAGGUGUGCCACUCCAAGGUCCGGGCACUGCGCACCGCCUACGAUGUGCUCCGCAAGAUGCAGGCUAAAAAGCUCCAGCCCCCAGAUGAGGUGUGCUACCGGGUGCUGAUGCAGCUCUGUGGUCAGUACGGUCAACCUGUCCUAGCUGUUAGGGUUCUCUUCGAGAUGAAGAAGGCAGGAGUCCACCCCAACGCCAUCACCUACGGCUACUACAACAAGGCUGUCUUAGAGAGCACGUGGCCCUCCAGUACCAGAGGAGGUUACUUCCUGUGGAUGAAGCUGAGGAAUGUGGUUCUUGGUGUUGCCCAGUUUAAGCAGGCGCUCCGCAGACAUGCCCGGCUCACACAGAGCCCUUUGUCAGGAGAUCAAUCAGAUUUGGGAUAUAACUCGCUGUCCAAAGAGGAGGUGCGCAGAGGAGACCUCAGUGCUCCUGACCGAGAAAAGAAGGAGAGCGACAGCAGCUCCUUAUCAGAGACAGAGAGUACUAAGGGUAGUGGCGACAGUCUCCCCCAACUGGACAUUGAGGUCAAUCCCUGCUUCAAGUGCCAUGGAAUCGUCCGUGGCACCCGACCCUAUGAGGACACAGCUUGCCAGUCCUGGAGCUCUGCCAGUGCAGACCACGUUGCAGGUCUCUUGUUCACCUCCUCUCUGGAGGAGAUUGGGGAGGUGCAGACCAACAGCUUGCUGAGGAGACACAAAAGCGCCCUGGAGGAGGUAGUGGGCAGUACCAACAGCAGCAGUUCCACUUCAGACAGGCUGGGGCGGCGGAGCCGCCGGCUGAGUGGGGACACGGCUGGCAGCACUGGCAGCGGUAGCACAGUCCUGGGCCUUGGCCUUAACCAAGGUGAGACCGAUCCAGAGAAGAUCGCAGGAAACCUGGGCACCGAUGCCAAGUUUCUCUCCAGCACCAAGUUCAGCAAGACCAGCCGGCCUCAAUCCCUGACGCUCAGUGGGUCCGAUCGUACACAGGCUAUGGCGGGCACGGGGAGGAACUCUGGGGCCCGGGAGGAGGCAGGUGACCAGAACUCCUGUGAUGAGGAUAAGGGUGCUGCAGACACCAUCUUUGAUCUGGAGGAUCUAGACUUGGAUGAGCCCACCUCAGAGGUCGCCAGCAUCUCAUGCAAUAGAAGUGUAAAGAGGACUGUGGAGCGCAGCGCAAGCUAUGGGGGUGUGGGCGUUGUAAUGUCAAGGGGAGCAGUGAAGCGAACAGGCAUCGAAAUGGGCUAUGACCCCCUGUCCCUGCUGGCGGCACAGAGUCAGUCCCAGCAGCAUGAUGACAACCGGGGCCCAGAGGAGGACGAGGUUGGCACACCCAGCACCCGCAGACACCUGGCCAGAGAGAUUGAACUCUACAUGAGCCAUAUGGGCAGUCCACUAAGCAGCCGCACCCCUAGCCUGGACUUCCAGGAUCCCUCUAGCCCCUUGCUCCUCCACCCGUACUCCUCUGUCCACCGCCGGGCCAGUCUGCCCCACAGCUCCCCUCUCAGGACUGGAGGGGUACCACGAUCUCGCACUUACCACCCACCUUCGCCAUCCCAGCCCGUCGCACGCCAACGCCUUUGGUCCUCCCCUCCCAGUAGGCGAUCUAGCACCACACCCAGCCCCUACAGGGAGAGAGCUGACAGAGACUCCUUGAGCAUGAGUCUUGCCUCUCCCUCCCCCUCCUCUUCCUCCUUUGCCCUGGACUCCCUGCUCACCCCGACUCUGGACAUUUUCCGUAGCAGUGUGUUCUCUGCAGGGAAGGGUGUGGCAGAGAAGGCCAGCCGCUGGUACUCCCGUCUGGCCACCUAUACCACGCCCACUAAGGAUGAUAACAGUGACCAUUUGAGUGUGUCUUCCCUGGGCAUGGAUGAUGCAGAAACUUCCUCCCUCCUGUAUGAGGAGUGCUGUGGAGAGCCAGACGGGCCCUUACUCUCCCCACCAAGAAAUGGCCCUGUGGUCCCCCGGAGGAGCCCCAGACGCAGCCCCUUCCGCAGCAGACUGGACAGCUCUGCCAUGGGCUCCAGCUUUGGAACACCCACACCUCUACAACCCAGUUGUGUGGUGUCUCCAGGCUUCAAUCUGCCAGACAAAUCAGACCUUGGCUCUUCACGCUACACCAGCAAUACUAGCAUCUUCAACAACUAUGCCAUGGAGCUUCUCAUCUCCAGCUGCUCUCGCUGUAAGACGUGUGACUGCCUGGUGUAUGACGAGGAGAUCAUGGCUGGCUGGACGGCAGAUGACUCCAACCUCAACACCACCUGCCCCUUCUGUGGAAACCCCUUCCUCCCCUUUCUCAAUGUGGAGAUCAGAGACCUACGAGGACCUGGGAGACUCUUCCUGAAGAACAGCCCUUCAGGGGACGAUGCAGCAAGCUCCUCUUACUCGGCGUCUACAGGCAUGGACACAGGGACGUCAACGCUGUCCACCCCCUGUCCCACCAAUGUCCUCUCUCCCCAUUCUCGCAGGGUCACUGUCCACGAGUACGCCAGGACUGGAUCGGCCAGAGCACGGGGUAUAGAUAUCCCCACAGAACGCCGCCAAGGGACGCUGUCCCCAGGGGCUCCCAUGGUACGCAGCAUCAGCGCCUUCGGCCCUAUAGAGAAUCCUUCCAGGUUCAACCACUUCUUGCCCACAUCAGGAAGCUUGCCCAGCCGGCUCAAUGAGACCACUGACCCGCUCAGCAUGGACUGGCGCCUCCAUAACCCAGAGCCAGUGACUGUUCCGUAUCUGAGCCCACUGGUUCUGUGGAAAGAGUUGGAGAGUCUGCUGGAAAACGAGGGUGAUGCCGUGAUCUCAGAAGCUGACAUAGUGGACCAUCACCCCAUCAUCUACUGGAACCUGCUGUGGUACUUUAGAAGACUGGACUUGCCCAGCAAUCUGCCGGGCUUAAUCCUCACCUCGGAGCACUGCAACAGGGGCUCACAGGUCCCUCGUCAAUGGAUGUCAGAGGACAGUAAACAUGUUCUGAUCCAGAUCUUGUGGGACAACCUUAAGCUGCACCAAGACCAAGUUCAGCCGCUCUACAUCCUGUGGAACACUUACAAUGUGGGCUACCCUACAUCGCACCCCAUCCGGGAGGAGGAGAGGCCGUUCAGUGAAGAGCUCCUCCAGAGUGUGGUAAAGAGCAUCCAGAAGAAUGAUGUGACCAGGCCCAUGGGACAACUCCUCUACCUGCUGGGACAGACCCAGGGGGUCAAAAGGCAAAGGAGCUUGUAUAGAGAUAUCCUGUUUCUUUCUCUAGUGGCUUUGGGAAAGGAUAAUAUUGAUAUUGAUGCAUUUGAUCGGGAAUACAAGCUGGCAUAUGACCGCCUCACCCCCAACCUGGUGAAGCUGACCCAUAACUGUGACCGGCCCCCUAGCACGGGGGUAAUGGAGUGUCGCCGGACAUUUGGAGAACCCUACCUUUAAAUGUGUAGGUGGUGCCUCUGAACUAACUGUGCAUCUCAUCUCCACCUUGCAGCGCCCCACACUGACCACGCAUCUCUAUUGAUCGCUUUAAAGACAAACUCAGGAAAUCUGUUGAAAGACUGUGAAUGUGGUAAUAUACCUGUGCUAAUCUGUCAGAAACACAACAGAGGCGCUGCAGAUAACAGCCCUGAAGAGCCAAGGCAAGUGUUUUGGAACCCGGCUUGUAAAAAAGGAGUUACACAAAUCGUGUUCAUACAUUUGGAUCACCUUGGUCGAUCUUUUAUGAUAUGGUUCCAUAAUUGUUUACUGCUGUUGGUCAUUUGUAUGUCUCCAUAAGAAACACUUAACACACAGUGUUAUAGUGGUGGGCCAGCUUGGUUUGUUUUGAAACCUUGUACAAAUUGUUGAAUACAGUAGCAAUGAACUGUGUGUGUGUGUGUAUGUAUGUAUGUGUGUGUGUGUAUAUAUAUACAUAUACAUAUAUAUAUAUCAGCU